CGGACCAAUCACAGCGAGCAGCGGGAGCAGGGAACCAACAUGGACGACAACAAACCCGAGGAGUGACAGCAGGUCAAAAACAGCCUUCACUUUCCACCAAACUGCUCAUAUGUCAGUUUUAACAGCUACUGAGGCAUUUUUCGUUUAGUGUUGAACGAAGUAAAAUGUCUCUGAGUGCGACAUGUGAGUCGGUAUCUCAGAAAAGGACCCUGUCAAGCCUCCUCGCUGGCCGUGCCGUUAAGAGGCCCAAGCAGGGUGAUGGUCCGCAGUUACACGCGGCAGCGAUCCAGCUGUUGGAGCAGCACCAGAACCUUUGCAGCUUGUUCAGAGAGGUCGGGCAUCCAGAUGUGAGCAGUGGUUUCUGCUCUGACAAUGGGGAGCAGAAACAAGCAGCUUCAGGAGGACCCACUCCAUCCAUCGUGGGGUCACUGUUGGUGAGUGAGCUGAAGCGUCAGGCCGCACAGCUGGGCGUCUCGGUUGCAGUGCUGUCAGUGAAGAUGGUGCUGGAAAGACUGAUGGAGAUCGCUGUGGAAACUGAUGAAGGGAGGGAGGAAGAGAACAGCAGGAGAGAGAUGCUCACACCCUCUCAGAGAGUCCAGCUGUUUGUUCUUCUGGAGUCCAGCAGAGAGCUGCUGUCUCGGGGAGCCCUCUGCCCCAAACUGCUCUGGCAGGAGUACAGAAGAGAUCAGAGGCUCCCCAAACUGGAGGUGGUGUAUUAUCUUCACUUUUACAACAUUCUUUCACUCAAAUCUGUCAUAGUGAGCGAUGAAGGUGUGCGAUCCUGGUUGGUGUCUCGGUUGAAGGCUCUGUGUGAUUGGACUCCGCUGCCCGGAGAAGAAGACACCAAACAAGUUCAACAGAGAGUGUUGUCAACUGUGCUUGGCGUCUUGGUAGGAACAGGGUUUGAGCCGAGCCCCGAUUCAGCAGCAAACAAGAAGAUCUCCCUGCUCUGCUGCUCGAUGCUGGAUGACAUGCUGUUUUGGGUACUGGACACUGUGGACCAAAGUGUGACGUCUCCCGGAGCAGGAGCUAAGCUGUGGGUUGAGAUAUUUGAUGCAUCGCUUUGCGGAGGUUCAGCAUCAGCAGAAGCUCUUCAGCAUUUCUUCACACACUCCCUGACGCAGACACUCACAUACAAGCCUCAACUAACAGUGUCAGAUGCCAUCGCCCUGCAGAAUGAGUGGACCUUUGCCAAAGCCAGCCGGUUAUUGAGCACGCUUUUCCGUAAGCUGGCUGUGAUCUUCAGUGUGGAGCUACUGUUGCGCCACCUGCAGCAGGUUUUGGAAACCCACGAGGUAAACUGGAAACACGUCCUUUGCUUCCUGUCCACUCUGCUGAUUUACUACCAGUCUGCUCAGCCCAGCCUCAAAGAGUUGCUGUCCAGACUGCUGAGCUCUGCGUUUGAAGGCUAUGACCUAGAGAGCAUGAUAACGGCCUUCUUGCUGGCUCGCCAGGGGGCCCUGGAGGGUCCGGCCGUCUUCUCCUCCUACAACGACUGGUUCAAGAUGUCUUUUGGUAGUGGCAGUGGUUACCAUGCCAACAGUAAGAAAUCCCUGGUGUUUCUUCUGAAGUUCCUGUCUGAUCUGGUGCCCUUCGAACCCCCCCAGUACCUCAAGGUUCACAUCCUGCACCCUCCUUUUGUGCCUGCAAAACACCGCAACCUCCUCAUGGAGUAUGUCUCUCUGGCAAAGACCAGACUGGCUGAUCUCAAGGAAUCGGUGGAGGACAUGGGGUUAUAUGAGGAUGUUUCUUGUACCGGUGCUGCAGUGCAGCCUCAGUGUCAGGCGGCUCAGGAUGUGGAGAGGGCCGUUUCUCUCUUUGAGAGCACUGGAAGAAUCUCCGCCACGGUCAUGGAGGCGAGUAUUUUCCGGAGGCCGUAUUUCUUGACACGAUUCCUUCCUGCUCUGCUAAAGCCAAGACUGCUUCCUGUGAAACCUGAUCCCCGGAUGAGUUUCAUUGAAGCUCUGAAAAAGGCUGAUAAGAUCCCUGCCGUACAGUAUACCUCUUAUGUGGAGUCCUGCCAGAAGCAGAGGCAGCAGAAUAAAAGUGCAGUGUGUUUCGACAGUAAUGACGAUCCUCUGGACGUCCUGAGGGUUCAGCUGCAGGAGUUUACAGAGCUGGUUAUUGGUGGAAAUGAUGGCGAGAUGUCGGCCCAGCUGUCCAGGAUCUCACACACUCUGAGUGUCAUCUUCCCUGGUCGUCCCGAUGAGCUGAUUGGAAACGCUGUCGUCACGAUUAACACAGACGCCCCUCUGUCGCCUGAGCUGCAUGUUCAAAUUAUCAACAUGAUCCUGAGAAGCUUCUGUCAGUGUCUGUUAAAUGCUUCCCAAGUGAAUCCUCCUAAUAAGCAAAGCGCAUGGGCAUCCAGAUUUGUCAGUGUGCUGCAGGGUAACAAGCAGCUUCUCGGCAGCCUUCUACACCGGCUGUGGGACCUGCUUCACAACCAGGGGUCAUCGCUGAGUCCCGCACAUUUGCUUGGUUUGGCAGCGUUUGUGGUCCACCUCAACGCCUCCAUGUCGCACGACCCUGUCGUCCAGCUGGAGCCGCCCGUUCGGCCACAGCCGGUGUCCUUUGGAGAAGUCCUCAGCUCGGCCCUGGUCUGCAACACACACACCAACAUGCUCUUUUGUGUCAGGUUAUGUGUGGCAGCUGUGUGUUAUGGGAUCUGCAUCGGGGACUCUUUGUCGCAGCAGCAGCAGCAGGAGUACGUCCCCAGCAGCCUCUAUAAGAAGCUGCUGUAUCUCAUCCCGAGGCUUGUUCCUGAGGCCAGGCGGACCCCUGCUGAUGGUUGUGGAAGUGAACACCAGGAGAACGUGUGGAGCAGCAUCACAGACAACAGCAGCUGGAGGAAGACCGCCUGGCAUCUGUGGAGACAUGCUGCCUUUCAGCAGCUGCAACACAUGCCGCAGUAUCAGUUAUUUUUUUCAGAAUGGCUGGUUAAUGAGCUCAGGGUACAGAGAAGUGAAGAUGCCCUUUCUGAUGCACAACGUCAGGAGUACCAGCAGUGGGCCUGUUUGGAGCUCUAUCUCACUGCUGCUGAGGAGCAGGGAGGCUGUGGAGGAGACCUGAGGAACCUCUGCUCUCAUCUGCUCAAUGCCGUCAUGGACCAGCAGUUAAAUGACCUGAGUUGUGAGGCGGGAGCGUCGGCAGCGGGAAGCUGUUUACCAGACAUCUUGUCCAGACUACAGGAGCUUGUUUAUGAAAUGGCAGUAACCAACGUCUCAGGCAGCUGUGGACGAGGUGCUGAUCUGUGGGACUUCCUGUUUGAGGCGGUGUCUCAGAGAUGCUCCUCCACAGUGACCUCCACCUCACUGAGCAUCAGCGCUGAGCUCAACCUGCAGCGAACGCUGCACGCUUGGAACAGAGUGCUGCUGGUUCUCCCGGCUGUGUUGUUUAUCAAAAUAAAGGCAGAAGGAGGAAGAACGACGCUGGAGUGCAACAAACUGCUCGAACACGUCACCCAGCAUCAGAGGAAGGCGUGUUCUCCAGCUGGCUUGCUGCCCUGCCAAAUAACUACACACUUCUUAAAAGGUCUGUUAUGUGCCAGUGCACGGUGUGGACGUCCUGGAGAGGAAUUCAACAAAGUCUGGUCUCAGAUGAGUCUCCGCUGUCCUCUGCUGUUGGUCUCUACAGCGCACUGGUGGCAGCAUCUGUCUCCUGUUCUGUUUUCACUGUGGCGUCGUCUCAGUGACGGAGCGCCGGCACCGCAGCAGCUGCAGCUCGUAGCGGACUGUGAGCACUGGGCCUGCAGUCUGGAGAAGGGUGAGGCGCUGCAGACGCCUCCAGCUGCAGCUCUGCUGUUGGCUGCCAGCCUGCAUUGUGCCUGGGGAGGCUGUGAGGGAAACAUCCAGACGUUUAAAGCUGCUCUGAAUUCACUGAGAUGUGAACGAGAUGCCAAAAACAGACAGGUGCUGGUUUUUCUACUCUUCCUGUACGUGAAUGACUACCUGUCAGCACUCCUCUAUCCUCAGGAUAACAACCAUGAAAAAGCCCGAGGGUUCUGCACGGAGCUCCUGACUGCGUUGGUGAACUCUGCUGACUGGCUGCUCAUCUUCACAUCGAGCGCUUUAGAACAAAGUGUUUAUCAGUCGGUAACCAUGGUGACUUCAGACAAGUGUACACAGCUGAUGCCCUGGGCUUUCUGCAGCCUGAUGCUGCAGCAAAGCCCUGAGCUGCUCCAGGAGGCGGCGCACUGUCCGAAGUUCCUCCAUACGGCCGUCACCUGCUAUAUUUCUGUGCUGCAGCUCUUCUUGGAAGGACACACGCCUACACCGGCCUCAGAGCUCUUUGAGAAGCAGGUUGAGCCCUCACAGAUCCUGAGCCACACCAAGCAGUUUCUCUUACGUUGGAUCUCCCAGACGUCUCCAACGGGUUCCUCCUCCAGCCAGCUCAGACAGCUGGAGGCGCAGUGUGCAGAACUGGACCCUGAACUGGCUGCAGUUCUGUCAGUUCACCUCGACCCUCACAGUCUCAGCCCCGAGAUGGAUUUCCUCUGAUACGCAGGGAUAUCUACAGGGAUAUCUACAUGUUCUAACGCUCUAUAUAUAGUAGCUUUUUUUCUUACAGGUAUAAUAAAAAAAGUAAACAGCCUGCUUUUGUAAAAUAAAUAAGAACACUCAUUUAGAAAAGAAAUCUACAUUUUAUUUACAUGUCUUUUUGUACAAUGACCACUUCUUUAAACACAUGUACAUCUGAAGCCCUUCCACUGCUACAUUACGCAUUAAAGUCUUAAAAAGAAUAAGUUAAUAAAAACAGUAACUUCAUAAAAUCA